CUGUUCGCGACAUGACCUGAACAUCCCGCUAGACAGAUCACCUUCUCUACCACGAAUACCUUACGGAACACCCUCGUAGAGAAUGGAGAUAGUCUACGUCUAUCAGAAGAAGCGCAAGGACUUUGGUCGGCAGCCGACAUUCGGGGAUCGGACGGCUGUCCUUGGGCUGAACAUACUAUCCGAUCCAACUUUGAUGCGAAAUUAUGUGGAGCGAAAUCCAUGCCAAGCAGAGGUUCAGAGCGUUCCAGAAAAGUCCGAGCAUGAGGUUAACACCGAGAGUUUCGUGCUGUCCAACAGAGGAAUUCUCCAUACACAAGGUGGAUGGCCGAAGGAUGUUGACGCGACAGAUGUGGAGCACACAAUUAGAUACCGGAAAAAGGUUGAGAAGGAUGAUGAGUACAUUCGGGCGGUGCAAAGCAUGGGAAAUGCUAUGGAACAUUGCAUAAAGCAAAAUAACGCAAUCGACAUUUACGAAGAAUAUUUCGCAGACGGACCCGACGCAAUAUCGGUUGAGACACCGUCUGCCAAAUCCCUCAAUGUCUACAGAGACCCCAAUCCACUGAAGCGGGCUGCGACAUACGUAUCUUGGUACCCGGACGACGGCCAUAAAAUCGCUGUAGCGUACUCCAUGCUUCAGUUUCAAUCCAUGCCGGCAAACAUGUCCUACGAUUCCUAUAUUUGGGACGUAGAGAACCCAAAUACCCCCGAUCAGACCCUCACGCCGCCAUCACCUUUGGUGAGCAUCAAGUACAAUCCCAAGGACCCGCACGUGCUCGUCGGUGGAUGCUACAAUGGGCUUAUAUCAUUCUGGGAUACCAGGAAAGGCUCGUUUCCAGUAGAUACAUCAGCGGUCGACAAAAGCCAUCGGGACCCUGUAUAUAACUUGUCGUGGGUACAGUCGAAAUCUGGCUCCGAAUUCUUUUCAGUAUCCUCCGAUGGACAAGUUCUUUGGUGGGACAUUAGGAAAUUGGCAGAGCCGACAGAAAGCCUCUUGCUGGACCCGGAGAAGAACGGUCAGAUUGUUGGAGGCACGGUCGUAGACUACGAAACAACCAUGCCAACAAAGUUCAUGGUGGGCGGCGAGAAUGGAUCCGUUUUCAUGUGCAACAAAAAAGCCAAAAACCCAUCAGAGAAGAUCACCCACAUCUACCCCGGCCAUCACGGACCCGUUUUAGCGUUACAGCGUAACCCGUUCUUCCUCAAAAAUUUCCUAACGGUUGGAGAUUGGAAAGCACAGAUCUGGGCGGAAGAUAUACGAUCUCCUAUAAUGUCUACUAGAUACGCACCAUCCUACCUUACAGAUGCAUGCUGGAGUCCGACUCGUCCAUCAGUCUUCUUCACUUCCAAACUGGACGGAACUGUUGAUGUGUGGGACUACCUCUUCAAGCAGAACGAUCCGACAUUGACCGUUCAGGUCUGCAACUCCCCUAUCCAUUCAAUCAAGAUUCAGGAGCACGGCAGGCACAUUGCCACCACAGCUCGGGACGGGUCGACGACCAUUCUCGAGCUGUCUGAUGGUCUAACUCGUCUCCAAAACAAUGAAAAAUCAAUCUUUUCUCAGAUGCUGGAACGAGAAGCCAAAAGAGAGAAAACACUUGAAAGUAGCGCUAGAGAAAAGCGAUUAAAGGCGGCACAAAAGCGGCCCAAUUCUGCUGCUGUCAAAUUGACUGGAGCAGCCUUAGAUGAUCUCAUUAAGCAGGCCGAGGACGAUUUCUUUUCGUUUAUAGAUGAUGGCAGCGGAACAGCUAGAGAAAAAGCCAUGGCCCGAGCGCGAGACGAAGUAAAAGCGCAAUGAAAGUAGGAGAGUUGGGGGAAGGGCUUACGUUUUCGUUGUAUAAUGUAUUACAUCUUACUUUUGUUCUACUGGAGCACGACAAAACUGUUUUUGUG